CGUGGGUGCGCCGGCGCCGAGCGGCGCGGUGCCGCGGAGCCAUGGGCAAGAGCCGCGCGCGGCGGUUCCGGAGGGUCCCCUUCUCCCCGACCGGCCCCGAGCGGCGCCGCGAGGAGGAGGGCGGCCCCGAGGAGGAGCCGGCGGCGGAGCUGCUGCAGAAGCUGCAGCACCCCAGCGCCGAGGUGAGGGAGUACGCCUGUGCCAGCAUCUCACGGCUGCUGCAGCAGCAGCACGUCAUCCCGGCCUUCCUGCAGAGGGACGUCGUCCGCUGCCUGGGCCCCAUGCUGCUGGACCACAGCUUGGCUGUGCGUGAGACGGCGGCGGGUGCCCUCCGAAAUCUGAGUGCUUGCGGAGGAUUUGAAGUUUGUGAUGACAUGGUGACCCAGGACGUCAUGACACCCCUUGUGGCACUUCUCAAAGAGUGUAGCAAUGGACUAGAUGCUAACCAGCUCUCCCCGAAGAAACGCAGAGAGAUGAACAAAAAUUACAUUGAAGAUAUAGCCAACGAGGCUAUCAACUUGCUGUGGAAUGUGUGUGAAUGCAACAGUACAGCAGUAUCCAUAUUCAAUAAAGAAGGGUGUCUGGAGGCUGUGCUGCAUUACAUUAAGAAAUUUUCCACGAAUGUGGAUCUGGCUAUUUCAGUAGCAAAUUGCUUACAGGCAGUGACAGAAGAUAAUCCAGAUCUCCUUUCUUCAUUCAAUGCCUCUAUGCAGCAAGUCUUGGAAACAGUGAUGCUGUGUCCAGAGAGCACAAUGAAGCACAUCCUUUUGAGAACACUGAUAGCAGGCACCAUCUGGAAUAUCAAGGAAACCAUUCCACCAGGCAGCCUGGGAAGCAUGGUUAAUGCAAUCCUGAAGAUUUUCUCGGAAUCAUUAGCAAUAGAUGCUGGUGAAACAAUUAUUCGUAUGAAUGAAGCUGAAAAAAACAGAUUAAAAGCUGCUGCAGAGGCAGAAACUGAGGAAAACGUGAUUGAUGUUACAAACAACUGUGCUAUAAGUGAAGAUGAUGGCAUGGAAGAAAUAUCUAAAGGAAAAGGCGGUGGAGAACAUGACAUCUCAGACCUGCUUCCAUCUGAUAAAUGGGAGCUGAAAGAAGUGACAGCCUUAUUGAUGGCUCAGCAGACUGCUCUGGAAAUCAUUGUUAAUAUGUGCUGCAGCGAAGAUCCCUCUGAUGAUGAGUGGGAAGAGCUCUCCAGCAGUGAUGAAAGUGACCUGUUUAUGGAAAACUCAUACAGUGAGGGCAGUGGGCUGCUGAUGUCACCCCUGUGCCUCUCUGCUGAGGUUCACUCAGCAUUUCUGAACAACCUCAUUCCAAAGAAGAUUCUUGAAAAAACUGCUUUUCCGAACAGUGUUGCUCUAGACAUCUGUAUGCACAAUCCGUCUUGGAAACCGUUAAUUAAAAAACUGAACACAGUGCAGUGUAGAGCCUUAACCUGUCUUCAUAGCAUUUUGUUGGUGUCAGAUGUGGAUUGCCUUGGAGGAGCCUCAGCACUUCAGUCACUUGCACAACAUCUCUCACAGCUGAUCUUUUCUAAAACAGAACUCCCUGAAGAUGCAGAAUUCUUGGAAGCCAUAACCAGUGCUUUGAGGGCUCUCCUACAAACAAUGGCAUCGAAGAACAUAUCCCAGUGUAUGACUCCUGAGCAGCUCCUGGCUUUAUGUGAAGCAAGUAUUCACAGCAGCAAUGCCAGUGUGAGAGUGAACGUAGUGAGCAUCCUUGGAAUUUCUGGCAGCGUCUUGGCCAAAGCACAGGAUACAGCUGAAACACUAAAGAUGAUCGGAAAAUUUCUUCUUGAGGUGGCUAUGAAGGAGUCUUCGCUUGUGGUAGCAGGGGAAGCCUUGGAUGCCCUUUUUGAUGUAUUUGCAGAUGGUAAAGAAGCAGAAAAAGCAGCAGUGCAGAUGAAGUUGCUUCCAGCACUGAAAGAAUUUCAACCAGUGUUCAAAAUGAGGAUACGAAAAGAAGGCAAGGGACAAUAUAGUACAGAUCAGCUUUGUGUUCUUGACAACGUGAAGAUGAAUUUGAGAAGAUUCAUUGCAUAUCAGGAGACAUUAGGCAAAAACCCUACUUGAAACAUCAAGGAACUUUAAGGUUUCUUUAUCGAAAAAUGUUUUCCAAAAAUAUACUAAAAUGUAUUGAGAAAAGCAGUUUUGCUUUCAUGUUAAUAUUAGGGUUUUUAAUGUUCAGUAUUUUAUACUUCUGGGAUGAUGCAAUGUGGAGGUCACAUCAGCAUAAAAAUGCACAGCAUAUUUUGAGUUCAGAUGUUAGCAGUGAUGAUAAGUGCUCUUGCAGUCCUGAGAUCAGCAAAAAGCACCACUGUCAUUGUUAGAAAUCUUCAUGUAUCCUGGCAGAAAACUACAAUUGCAUGACAAAGUAAUUUAAGGAAUAUUCUCAGUUAUGUGCCAGAUUAAGGCAGGGAGGCUUAAGGUAUUUUGAGGGAAUUAAGCAGUGAUGGGAUGCUGGUAUUUGCUGUUUGCCUUUACCUGUUUGUAGCUUUGCACAGGCACUUAUGGCAAGCUUCCCAAGGAAAGUGUGUGAUAAGUGUGUAGAUUACUUUCAGCACUUGGACCUGUUACUUCUUGAGGCUUGUCAUGGAGGGAACUGUUUCAGAUUCAUUUACGACAAAUUUGGUAUUUUGGCUUUUUACUGUAGAAAUCAGUCUUGAAAGGAUGCUGCUCCAUCUUUGUGAUUUGAUUGCUAUUUCUGAGAAUCAAGUCUCCCAGUUUACAUUCUUCCUUGUAAUUCUGCAUCUGGGUGAAUUUGAUUUCAGUGAAGUAAUGAACCUAAUAAAAUAUUUUUAUACUGAAGUAUUAUCUAGAGUAAUUUUGUAUUUACUGAAAAUCUUUUAAAAUAUUUGUGAUAGAGAUUUUUAAGCUGUACGAUACUGAAACUAUUUUCAGAAACUGUCAUAGAUUCAUGAAGGUUUUAUAUGUACUUCCAUGUAUCAAAAGCUGUGGUUUUGUUUCUGUGUACAGGAUGCCCUCAGACACUUCUUUUUCUAUCUACUUUUUUAAGAAAAGCAUUUUGUUGUGCUGAUUUUUGAAAAGGGACUUUUUAUCCCUCCUCCACCAUUAGCAUAACCAUCUAGAUUUUGACAGAAUUUUCCCCAUGGUGUUAAGCAAGGAACUGCAAAGACAAGAUUUGCUCAGCUUGUUAGACUUCAGUCUGUGAGGCUGGAAAGCAGGCUCUGGAGCUGGAUGGAUAACUUGAAAAUUGAUUUUACAGAAUUCUGACACACGAUAUUUGGCCAAGUGCAAGCAAGAGGAUGUGAGAAAUGAGUUUUAAGCAGCUGCACUGCCAGAAAGUCCCAUUGUUGCUGUUUCUUUUCAGAAGUUCAAUUAAAUGUGUGAUGUGAUGCCUGCUAAUGAAACGAGUGAGGGUGUGUGGACAGCUGGGGAGUAUCUAGGGCAGUGGGCCUGGCCUUCAGAAGUUCAGAAGUCCUGAGGAAGUGGAGCCGUUGUACAAGUUGUCCUGGGGGUUGGCAGGGCUGGAAUGUAGCAGCUGGGUGGAUUAGGGGGUAGGGCUGCGCAGUGUGGAUUUUAAUCUCAAUGUUAAUAAUAUGUGCUGUAUGCUGAGGAUAAAUAUAAUUUUAGCCCGGUAAAGGGCAUUAAUAAUAGUUUGAAGCAUUUUAAAAGAAAAACUUUCAUGCUUUCAUUUUGAGGGUGCUCCAUUGAAUUGCUGGCUGAUCGUGAUUGAAAGGCUCUCUGGGGGUUCCCAGGUCCAUCCCUGUGCUCGAGGCAAGGCUUUGUCUAGGGUCUGAUAGGUCGUGCUCAAAGGGGUGAAAAUCUCACAGCUGUGGGGGGACCUUUCCUUUGCUUGACUGUCCUAAUUAAGAACACUCCCCCACUUCUGCCACUUACCUAAUAGGAACUCCCUGUGCCACAAAGCAGGCCUCUUGUCCUUUGGGUGCCACCAAGAGGUGUCUGGCUCCAUGUUCCCUUCAGUGCCCAUUUUGUAGCUGAAAAUAGGAAUUGUAUUGCCCUUUUCUCCAGGCUGAGCAGACCUGGCUCCCUCAGUCUCCAGCCAUCUUGGUGGCCUUUGCAGCCUCGCCUGCCUCAGUGUGUCUUGUGCUAGGGGCCCAAAGCUGUGCGCAGUACUGCCAGUGUGAUUUCAUGAGUGCUGAAGAGAGAGAAGUGUCAUUUUCUGCAUCUGCUGGCCAUGCUCCUGUCAAUACUGUGCAGUAUUCAUUAGCCUUCACUCGCUGUGAGGUUGCACUGCUGACUUAUCAUCAGUUUGUCCGCUGUGACCCUGAGGUCCUUCUCUGCAGAGCUGCUCUCAUUCAGUCAGGAGCAUGCUUGGUUUUUGGGGCUGCUCUGUUCCAAGUAUAGGACUUCACAUCUUGCCUCAAGUAGGGCAGUCGGACCCUGCUUCCUGGAGACUGUUAGAACAAUUACGUGUGUGUGGAGCAGGGGUUGUUACUAAUGAGAAUAAAAUGUUUUCUCUUAAAAUACAAAUCUGAAAGUUGCAGAUAAAGGUCUCUGCCAGAAAGCCUAUUUUUUAUUAUAACCUGUCAUACCCCAUUUUUUUCCUGAUAAUGAAAGCACAGAAUGUCAUUUACAUCUGAAGCUAUUCCUGCAGUAGGAAUUAUUUUCUUUUGUUUGUUUUUGCUGUGCACUAACCAGUUAAGUGUCUUUAGAAAAUCUUCCUUUUACUCACUAUAAAGUAAGUUCACAGUAUAGAUUGUAUCAUUUGUAGAUGUGUAUGAUUUAGUGCACGCAAUACUUGCUUCUUUUGAUAUACUUUGGUAUGCAGGUAAUGAGGACAUACGAAGACAGUUUCAUGUAAGUUUGUACUAAAACUCAGAUGUAUAAAAGCUGAAAUAGUCCCUUGUCGGCUUUGUUUAACCUGAGCAGAUUGAAGCACUUCAGUGGGGCUAUUGGGAUGAGGAUAUGAAAAAAGGGGCAAGCUGGCUCUUCUUUCUGCUGCUCCUCAGGUGGGUUGCCUUUGAUAGAGGGGGAAGCUGUAGCUCUUAGGAGGGUUUUGUUGUUGUUUUCUUGGCUCAUUGCUCAUUUUAAGGAAACUUCUGUAAGUGAUUUCUUGGCAACUGGUGUUGUAUGGUCACAAGCAGCCUAUUGCCCUUAUCAUGGUACAUAGCAAAAUGGAGCCAGUAUCUUCCUGCAUAGUUUGAUGUCCACACUUUCAUUUCUCUGUUGAAUUAAGAAAAUCUCACUGCAUUACCUGCCUAACUCCUAGUGUAGUGUAACUUGCUCUUGGUUUCUAAUGGAUUGCUUAUGAGUGAAUAUGAGGGAGUAAUUUUUUUAUGUUCUACCUGUAAGGGGUGAGAUAGAAGAUAAUAUGACAAGUAUGGAAGACAAUGAAAAGGCAAAUUGUCUGUGAUUGAAAGAAGUGUCAGAUCAUGGCCUAAUAAGAGAAGAGAUUUAUAGGUACAGAAAAGCUCAGCUGCAAGGUUUGGGCUAUAAAAGUUGUUCUAACACAAUUGAGGAAAAUUACGGCAGUGGAAGAAAAGAUGAUGUGGCUCAAGUUAAAUGCUUGAUGGGCUCUUCUGGCACUGAUUUAUUUGAGUAGUUUUAGAGUAAGCAAGACAGAGAGGUUGACAGCAUUGAAAGACAAAGGUCUUGGAGACACUUCAAGGGUGGGAAAUAGUGCCCUGAUCUAGUCAGUGUGCAGCCUAAGCAAGCAGAUGCUAAAGAGAUGUAAGGGAUCUUCAUCGGUUAUUUAAUCACGCAGAUAAGACUGUUAUCAAAGCAGGUAUCUUAAACCGAAUUUGUUUGCUUAUCCUCGUCCCUAGAGCGUCUGUCUAUGCUGCAAUUUAAAAACUGCUAGUCUGAGGUAUGAAGUACAGUAAAGGAAGAGGGGCUGUUGGCCCCUUCCUGCUCAGAAGUGGUGAGACGGAUGGUGGUGGCUGCUGCUUUGGCCUCUGCAGCCUGCAAAACAUUGACUCCACAGCUGCACAGAUAAGGAAUUUAUCAUUGCUACGUGGCUUGUUUUUAACUCCUUAUGAAGAUAAACAAGUGGAAAGAUUUAAAUAAGUAUUUGUUGUGCCACAGCAUUCAGAUGUCUGUUACAUGCCACGUUAUGGUUAAUUAUUAACUACUCAAGGUUUGUGCUGUAUGUUGAGGGUAUUUUUUGUGUGAUACGUUUUAAGGAUCUUCUCUGUAGAGGAACAAGAAUACUUCUUGCCAGUUACUACUUGCCUUGGUUCUACAUGUGUAUUUUGAAUGUGGGGAAAAAAAAAAUCAGAGCACAGUAAAGUUACAAAAUGAGAACUGUAAUCUGAGAACAAAUUAAUUUAAAAUCAGUUUGUAGCUUAAGUAUUAUAAAUGAAACGCAUAUCUCAUGGAAUAGUAACAUAGAGCAACCAACCAAAAAUGCUUAUAAACUCAAGUUCUGUUUCCUUAAUAAGUAAUUUUCAGUAAAAGCAUUCCCGGAGGACUGGAAAGAAUUGUCUAGCCUUACAUUUACUGUUGCAAAUUCAAAUUCAGGCAAUGGUAAUUGUAAUUGAAAAUAACAUAAUGGUUCUUUUUUGGCACAGAUGAAUUGAGCAGACAGUCUAUAUAUAGUCUCACUGGAUGUGCUCUUAAGAUACGUAACACAAAGAUAAUUGGCAAAAACUGAGAACUCGGACAGUGGCAGCAGAGGAAGGAAUUUGAAGUUUCCCAAAAGGGCUGAAGUGCUGUGCGUGGAGGAGGUCUUACUGAGCACUGCAGAGUUCUUGUCUGUUCUCCAAAUCAAUUCAGACUGUUUAACUUCUGUACCUUCCAGGAAGAAUAACACGUGUUUAAAUCACUCUAAGUUCAUUUUGUUUCAGUAUUAUUUUCCUAAGUUCCUUGUUUCUGUGAGAGUCACAGACAUAAUGUUCUGUCAGACAUAAUUCAGUGACCACAUAAACACAGCUUGAGACUUGCACACAGAACAUGAGAAACGUUUUUUUCUUUCAAAUCCCAGUGUCCUCACACUGCUGCUAUAUUAAGAACUUAAAUCAGAAUGCAGUGAGCUGAAAUAAGGCAUCGCUGCAACAGUCUGUGCUGUUGGAAGUGUUGUGGCUGCUGCAUGGCUGUCGGCACACAGGAGAGUCCUGGUGCAGCCCCAGCUUUGGGAGAGGCCCUGAGUGCUCGUGUCAAUGCCUCUACCACUUCUAAAGCUGUGCUGGGACUCGAUAUAUGUUCUCUAGGCUUUGUGUUUCUUUUUGUGACAAAGGCCUCAUCUGGGAUUGUUUCCUUUCCCUUCUGAUGGGAUUUUUUUUUUUUUUACCUGUAAGGGAAAUGGUCUUCAUCUUUUCCCACCCCCACUGCUGAUGGAGAGUAAAGGGCACUUCAAGAAUCUAACUGUGGAAUGGCCGACAGCUAGAAACUGUGUGGUGUUUCUAAAUAGUCUUUUUUCUGAGAAAUUGCCUUUUCAGUAAGGAAAAGCUAAAGUUCAAAGUCGUGACUAAAAAAGUCAUGUCAACUGUAUUCAAGCAUGGCAGCUUUUUGCCUCUCUUUCCUAAAACUCAAGCUUGCACCCUGAUCUCAUGUGCUUGUGGUAUCACACUUUUCCAAGACCAGAUAUUUUGUGACUGUUAUCUCCUUAAUGGUAACUUGAGUUUUUGUUACUGAUGCUCCCUUUUCCUGCGCUGUUUAAAUACGAAGUUUAUGAAUUGAAACCCUUUGAUUUGUAUCUUUGUAAGAGGGACUUUGGGCUGAUCAUCUUCUGGACAGCUUUUCUGGUAUGCUUAUAAAUCUUUGAAUUACCGAAAAAUGUGUGCCUUGAAAAAUAGCUAGUGGGGGUAGCUCUUCUCCAUUAUUUAUUCCUUUAUUCCUGAGCUGUACUCAAGUCCCACCACUGCCCACUUGGUGUUGGUGGUAAUUUCAGGUGAUUUUUAAAGCAAUUAGUCAAAUCUAUCACCUCAACGACUGUAUCCGGCCCUGCCAUUCUCGCUGGGGUUGGUCUCUCUAGGGCCGUGCACAUCAGUCAGCCCAGGGCAGAGCCUCACUGCAGAGGGCUCGGUGUUCCCCUGGGCCGUGUGGGACUUGGGGUGAAGCUGCACCGUCAGUCUGUGGCUGUCAUCACCAAACGCGGCCGGGACACGUUGUAAACUUUCGACCUCACAGAAUGCUUGGAACUGAAGCACACCUUUCUAGUUCCAAACCCUAUCUGAGCUCCUGCUUCCUGAGGAGGAAUCCUGUCCUGCAAUGUGCUGGAACCUUUGUAGCUGGUAUCAUGCGAAAGAUGUUUUAAGGCUGUGCUAUGAAAGCACUGCAAAAAUAAAAUUGAGCCCGAUUAGAAGCUGUGCUACUCCAUUUUGCUGUUU